UUUUUCUCCUCUUCUUCUUAAACAAACCACAAACGGAUGUGAGGGAAGGAAGGUGUUUCUUUUACUCCUGAGUCCAGACACCUCUCUCUGUUCCGUCUAAGCUUGUUUUGCUGAACACUUUUUUUAAAAAAAGGAAAAGAAAAGGAGUUGCUUGAUGUGAGAGUGAAAUGGACGUAAGAUUUUAUCCACCUCCAGCCCAGCCCGCCGCUGCGCCCGACGCUCCCUGUCUGGGACCUUCUCCCUGCCUGGACCCCUACUAUUGCAACAAGUUUGACGGUGAGAACAUGUAUAUGAGCAUGACAGAGCCGAGCCAGGACUAUGUGCCAGCCAGCCAGUCUUACCCUGGUCCAAGUCUGGAAAGUGAAGACUUCAACAUUCCACCAAUCACUCCUCCCUCCCUCCCCGACCACUCACUGGUGCACGUGAAUGAGGUCGAACCCGGUUACCACUCUCUGUGUCACCCAAUGAACCAUAAUGGCCUGCUACCAUUUCAUCCACAAAACAUGGACCUACCUGAAAUCACCGUCUCCAAUUUGCUGGGACAGGAUGGAGCACUGCUUACUAACUCCAUUUCUGUGAUGCAAGAUAUACGGAAUCCAGAAGGAACUCAAUAUAGCUCCCACCCUCAGAUGGCAGCCGUGAGACCAAGGGGUCAGCCUGCAGACAUCAGGCAGCAGCCAGGAAUGAUGCAGCAUGGCCAGCUGACCACCAUCAACCAGUCACAGCUAAGUGCUCAGCUUGGCCUGAAUAUGGGAGGAAGCAGUGUCCCCCACAACUCCCCAUCUCCACCCGGAAGCAAGUCUGCAACUCCUUCCCCGUCUAGUUCAGUGCAUGAAGAUGAAGGUGAUGAUACCUCUAAGAUUAAUGGUGGAGAGAAGCGACCUGCGUCUGACAUGGGGAAAAAGCCAAAAACCCCAAAAAAGAAGAAGAAGAAGGACCCCAAUGAGCCUCAGAAGCCUGUGUCUGCAUAUGCAUUGUUCUUUCGUGAUACUCAGGCUGCCAUCAAGGGCCAAAAUCCAAAUGCUACCUUUGGUGAAGUCUCUAAAAUUGUGGCUUCAAUGUGGGAUGGUUUAGGAGAAGAGCAAAAACAGGUCUAUAAAAAGAAAACCGAGGCUGCUAAGAAGGAGUACCUGAAGCAACUAGCAGCCUACAGAGCCAGCCUCGUAUCCAAGAGCUACAGUGAACCUGUUGACGUCAAGACCUCUCAACCUCCUCAGCUGAUCAACUCAAAGCCGUCAGUGUUCCAUGGGCCCAGCCAGGCCCACUCAGCUCUGUACCUAAGUUCCCACUACCACCAACAACCAGGAAUGAAUCCUCACCUAACUGCCAUGCAUCCCAGUCUCCCAAGGAGCAUAGCCCCCAAGCCGAAUAACCAAAUGCCAGUGACUGUCUCUAUAGCAAACAUGGCCGUGUCCCCCCCUCCUCCCCUCCAGAUCAGUCCACCUCUUCACCAGCAUCUCAACAUGCAGCCGCCCCAGCCACUCACCAUGCAGCAGCCCCUUGGGAACCAGCUCCCCAUGCAGGCCUUACACUCACCGACCAUGCAGCAGGGAUUUACUCUUCAACCCGACUAUCAGACUAUAAUCAAUCCUACAUCCACAGCUGCACAAGUGGUCACCCAAGCAAUGGAGUACGUGCGUUCUGGGUGCAGAAACCCUCCCGCCCAGCCGGUGGACUGGAAUAACGACUACUGCAGUAGUGGGGGCAUGCAGAGGGACAAAGCGCUGUACCUCACCUGAAAGUCUGAACACCUCUUCUUUCCGCUGAGGAAUUCAGGGAAGUCUCUUCACCGUGGAUUGCUUUGUACAGUCAAGGCAGUUCUCCAUUUUAUUAGAAAAUCCAAGUUGCUAAGCACUUAGGACCAUUUGAGCUUGUGGGUCACCCACUCUGGAAGAAAUAGUCAUGCUUCUUUCUUAUUUUUUUAAUCCCUUCUGGACAUUGUUUUUCUUCUUCCCUGAAGGAAAUUUGGACCAUUCAGAUUUUAUGUUGGUUUUUUGCUGUGAAGUGCUACGCUAUAGUAACUGCCUUAGCAACUGUAGAUGUCUCGGGUAAAAAGUCCUGGAUUUUCCAUUGGUUUUCAUAAUGGGUGUUUAUAUGAAACUACUAAAGACUUUUUAAAUGGCUUGAUGUAGCAAUCAUAGCAAGUUUGUAAAUAGCAUCUAUGUCACACUCUCCUAGAGUAUAAAAUGUGAAUGUUUUUGUAGCUAAAUUGUACUUUGAAACUGGCUCCUUCCAGUUGAUUAAUUUCACAAUAGGGGUUAAAUUGGCAAACAUUCAUAUUUUUACUUCAUUUUUAAAACAACUAAUAGUUCUAUAUUUUCAAAAUAUUUGAAAAAAAAAAACGUAUUCCCAAAUGAUUUUAAUUUAAAAACAAAUUGGCUUUGUCUCAUUGACCAGACAAAAAGAAACUAGUGUUAAGGGAAACGCGAACACAUUUAUUUUGUACUGCAGAAAAAUUGCUUUUUUGUAUCACUUUUUGUGUAAUGGUUAGUAAAUGUCACUUAAGUCCUUUUAUGUAUAAAACUGCCAAAUGCUUACCUGGUAUUUUAUUAGAUGCAGAAACAGAUUGGAAACAGCUAAAUUAUAACCUUUACAUAUGGCUCUGUAUUAUUGUUUCUUCAUACUGUGUCUGUAUUUAAUCUUUUUUUAUGGAACCUGUUGCGCCUAUUUAUGAAAUAAUAAAUAUAGGUGUUUGUAAGUAAAUUUGUUAGUAUUCGAAAGAGGUUUCUUUGAUGUUUUAACUUUUGCUGGCAAAAAAAAAAAAAAUUCACGCUUGGUGUGAAUACUUUAUUAUUUAGUUUUUACAGUGACAUGAAUAAAAGCAAACCUACUUUUCAUUUUAGCAGCAAAUUAAAGUCACCCAUCCUUAUUUCUACAUUUCUUUGGUUGAUGCAAACAGAAAAACCGAUAUUUAAGAACUUCCUUUCUUCGUACGCUAUAACAGAGAAUUGCCCCAAACGUCACACAAACUCCAAGACUAAACAGAUGGGUUCUCUCUCCGAAAAGGGUCGCUUCUUGGUUCUCAGCUGGUUUUAGUCAGUUCUGUAAAUGCCCCUCCUCCAAAAAAAAACAAAAAACAAAACAAAACACCUGCAGUCCAAUCAACUAAAAUUCCUCAACCUGCAUGCUUCUCACAAGAUCCAGAAAACACUUAGGAAUUAACGCAAGGAUGGGAGGAAGGACGGGGGAAGCAUACUGUCAGGAAUAUGUCUACAAAUGAAAGGUGAGUAACCAGAAAGCAAAAAAGAAAAGGGAAGCAUUCCAAAUUUGAAAGCUAUUGCUCGAAAUGGAGAUACUUGUUGUCUGUCCUGCCUCCCCACGCUACUUCUGUUUCCUGAAUUCCUGAGUCUUCCCAGAGAAUUCUGAGGGUACUAGAGAUUUGCUAGGGAACCAAAAGAGCUAGCCAGUCACCCCCCGACAGGGGAUUGCUUUAAGAAAGCUAGUCUGGUUGGAAAUCAAGAGGAUGGCUGGGGCGUCUUUCAUGGAAUGUGUGAAAUUAACUUAGCACCUUAACGAAAUACAAAUAGAUGCAUUGUGUAACCCAGUCAGAAUGAAAACGCCAAAAGGUAUGCUUGCUUUGGAAUGAUUUUAGGCAUUGUACAACCUUGAAUCACUUGAGCAUGUAAUAACUAAUAAAUAAUGCAGAUCCAAUGUGAUUAUUAAAA